GAAAUAUAACAAGAAAUUUAUCUACGACUCCGCGCUUGCGCGGAGGCAAUGCCUCUAGUUUAUAUAGAUAGACAAAUAAUUAAGUUUAAAUCAUCCUUCAAAUAAGCUUUUACAUAAUUGCAAUUUUAAUUGGAUUCCUCUCCAAAAAUUAUAAUCUUAACCCAUUUUGUAAUUUAUUUUUGAAUUUCUGUCAUUGCGGCUAUAUCCUUUGGAUGAGAAACUAUGAAAGAUAAAAUUAUAAAAUUUUGUUACCACGGACAUGCUGUAAAAAUUAAAAUAGUUAAAGGUCUUAUAUAUAUAUCCAUAACCCCGAAAAUAAGGAAAUAAGGAUUUACAGCAGGCGAGAGAGGCACGGCCGACUUGGUUAUACAUCCUAAUCUUAAUUCCUCCGACUUCUCCUAACGUUAAGCAUUAAUUUCUUUCCUUUAUUUUUUAAUUCCAAUUAUUAUUUCUUGAUUAUCUUUCCUUAAUCCCAAAAGAUUAAAAUUAAAAUUGAUAGUAUAUAUCUUAUCGAGAUUCCGUUUCGACGAAUUAAAUUCUCGUCUGUUUCGUUUUGGGUCCGUGUAUAAGAGAACAAAAGUUCGCGUACGUUCAUCCUUCAACCUCAGAUAAGAAAACUCCUUUGCUUAUGCAUGGAUAGAGGAAAAAAAACAUUGAAUGUCACAGAUUCUCAAUAAUAUCUCAGAGACCAUCCCUUCGAUGAUGUCACAACCUUCACAUAGCUGUCUUCCUAUUUAAAACCUCUCCAUGCAACUCUAGCAUCCCAUUAAAUAAAAUAAAAACAAAACCCACCAAAAAAUCAUUUUGUUUAGGUUUUGUAUUUUAUUUAUUUUAUUUCUUCCUCCUCCAACUCAUCCUCAUACAUGGCUUCCACUUCUUCAUCUGAUCAGUCUCUUUCCAUCAAUUCCCAUCUAACCUCACCUUUAUUUACGUCAUACAUGCUUUCACGCACGUCAUCUUCUUCAUCCGCCGUCGGAGACUACAUCGGGACAGAGAGCUGCUUCGACGUCCUUUCCGCCGAUGAAGAAAACGACGUUGUCUCCCCACAGAAGCCUUUGAACCGGUUUCGUUAUGGAGGAAGGAGGAGGGAGGAAAGAGAAGCUAGAGCUGCGGCGGCGCGUGAGAUUCCUCCGCCGAUACCGCUGCUUGCUCAGACGGAGAAUCUUCUCCCGCACAUGCCGUGGGUUCUGAAGCGUGUGGUGACGAGCGACGGGAGGCUUAUCCUUAGAGAAGAGAAGGUUCGUCAUCACGAGUAUUUCCGUGCGCAUAGAUCCAAUGGUCGUCUCACUCUCCACCUUGUUCCUCUUGACGACGACGUUUUCGAACUUCCCCAAGAGCCAUCUCAUUACCCACCUGAUGAUGUUGAUGAGCAUGAUCACGAGUGUGAUGGUGAUGAUGCUGAUUAUCAUCACGAGGUGAGAGAUGAUUUGGAUGAUCUGGCGGAUAAUGUUGAUAAGAAUGUUAUUAUUACUAUCCGUGAUGGUGAGGAUGGUGUUGUCCGUAAUUAUGAUGAUGUUAAGGACAAUGUGCAUGGUGGUAGUGAAGAAGAAUAUAGGAAAGCUACAUUAUCGGCGGUGGUGGACGAGACGGCGGUGGAGAGCGGAGGGAUGGUUGGAGGAGGAGGAGGAUCGCCAAGAGGAAAGUGUUUGAAGUCAUGUUUUGUUGGUAUAAGAGCUCAAGAGAUCCGACCAGUCCUUAGUUGAUUAAUUAUUGUUAAUUAGUUUUUUUUUUGCGGAAAACAAAUAUUACUGUCGCAGAGAGUUUAAAGAAACAACCGGCUUAGAUUAGAGUAACCGGCUUAGAUUAGAGUAUGAAUGUGAGAGGGUUUUCUCAUAAGAUAAUUAAUCUGUUUCAGAGUGUAAUCUAUCUUCUUUGAGGAUUUUGUAGGUUAUUUAAACAUCUUUUUAGUGGGUUAAUAGUUUUGUCGGCACGUGAGUGAUGUUUGUUUUGUAAGUUUGAGUUUAUCUGGCCGGGUGAAUACUACGAGAAAGAGAUACACUUGUAAGAGAAAAUAUUUCAAAUUCGAAUCGUAAUCUCCUUUUAGAGGAUAUUAAGGAUAAUAUUCGAAAGAUAGAAAUGCAAAAAAAGGGAAGAGAAACAUUACAGCAAAUAUUCGAUAUACCAUAUGGUGCAAACAGCUAAUAUUGUUUUCAUUUUUUUUGGAGAAAAUUGAUUUUGACUUUGCUUAUAUAUUGCUUCAAAUGUAGCGAUCUCCAGAAUCUAUCUAUCACUUCAAAAAAAAAUCUGCGUUCGUACACACGAUGCCAUUUUGAGAAAAAAAAAACCAUUGCUGGCUACAUUAAGUAUUGUCUAUCACGUGAC